AUGAGUUUAAGCCAGUGGCAAAACUAUUGCUACAGGCGCGAUGUAUUCUACAAAGAGAUUGAGCCUUACUAUGAAGUGUGUCAAAAAACUGUGAACGCGCGCCGCUUGCGACAGAUGCCCCGCGCCACCCAACAGGCAUGGGGGCAAACGGCGGGCCUGCUCCGCAAGUGGCAAGACGCUUAUCUUGACUGGAUUUAUCUGAGGGAUGGUAUGGGGUCUGAGUUCUACCGGGUGCAGAGGACGGCCUACGCGGAGUGCGAGCGGGCGUUAUCCGAAGUCUUAGUCGGCUAUACGCGAGCGCAGACAAAACGUCGAACAAACCUCCAUCGUCUGCGCCGCGCUUUGCAGAGCAUCCAGCGCGACCUAUCGAAUUAUAAAAUUGAGCGUGAGGAUGAACACAAGGUCAUUGCGAAUAUGAAGGAAGCAGACCGCCGCCUGUGGAAAUUUGCUUUGCGAAAAUCGCCUAAUACAAUGCGGGCCAUUACCGAUUUUGUGCGCUACAACUAUUACGAAUAG